GGAGGAUAAACAGCAUAAGGUUCCUCGCUCAGAAUAUCAAACAGCCUAAGUGCGCAUGCGAGACGAAUAAGAGGAAGAGAAAGCAGGGCGAUGAUGGUUUCGAUUACCUUUAUAGUAUCGUUGGGACUGGCAUUAAAAAUUUUGGGAAAAGUUUCAUUUUAUAUGGUACCACACUUAGUUGACUAAUAUACCGGCAAAUAUCACGUGAUCGAGAAACUUGCGUAACAUUAUUGCGCCGUGAUCAUCAUCCUUAAAUAACAUCAUUUCAUCAUUUUAAUUGAUCAGUGAAUCAUGUAUAAAGUAACUUACAAACUUUUAAAUUUUUUCUUUUUUUUCAAAAUUAAAACAAUCUACAAAAAAUAAUCAUGGAAAAGUGGAACCCCAAGCGAAUUGUUAAACCUUUAAUCUCUGAAAAAACGAGAGUUGAGAAGCUCGCCGAUAAAAUGAGAAUGACACCCACGACUCUUCCAAUUGCUAUGCAAAACGAGAAUAACGCAAGAUUAAUUCUCAAGGCAGUGAAAGCAAUGAAUAUAGAUGAUCCCGCUAUUUUCGUUCAAUGGAAUCCUAACGGAUUCAACGACACUGCAACGCCAAAUGUCCGCAACGGCGUUGCAGGCCAAACAUUACAAGCUCUCGUAACCUAUAUUACUGGAAGUGGAGGUGUAGACUUUAACGGACAAAAUUCUUUAUUCAUAUUUAGGAACAACAUGACAAUUUCCCAAUGUCAAGGAGGGUUUCCUCAGUGGGCUCAUCAUCAGGCAACUAUUCCGGACGUUUGUAGUUCGAUUUGCCGUAUUAACAAGUUAUCAGCUAAUGGUGCGAUCGAUUAUGAGUUAUAAAUAAUAUAAAUAAUAUAAAUAAUAUGUUUAUGAAAUUUUAUUGGUUUGAUUUGAUGUAACAUUCCAUGUAGAUGAACCAAUUAAACAAACUUUUAUCAUGCUCGUGAUUGAUGUUUCCAUUUAUAGAAUUGUCAAUAAACACGAACCUUUUUGAGUUAUUGAGUAUAACUUAGAUUUAUCAUAAUCCAUAAAAUAAA